UCCGGCUGCUAGCAGAGUUAGCUGUAAGCUAACCUCCACAGCAGCUGUCGGUUUCACUCAGUAGCAGGAGUGCUAUCGGAUUUGCUUACCAUUCUUCCCGUUGGAAAGCGGAGAACAACUGGGUUGUUUUCCUUUUUUCUUCAGAGUCCAGCUGCUCGACCCCCGCGGGCCUUUAGUUGUUGCUGCCUGUGACGACAGACAGAGAAGCUGUGGGACAUGGCCAGACCAGAACAAGUCCUGCUGCUGGAGCCGCCACAAGAACUGAAAUUCCGAGGCCCGUUUACAGAUGUUGUCACCGCCACUCUGAAGCUCACAAACCCCACAGACAGGAAUGUGUGUUUCAAAGUCAAGACGACCGCACCUCGCAGAUACUGUGUGCGCCCCAACAGUGGCAUCAUUGAUCCGGGAACCUCCAUAAAUGUUUCUGUUAUGCUACAGCCUUUUGACUACGACCCUAACGAGAAGAGCAAGCAUAAAUUCAUGGUUCAGUCCAUGCUGGCUCCCAGAGACAUGACUGAUAUGGAGGGAGUUUGGAAGGAGGCAAAGCCUGAAGAAUUGAUGGAUUCGAAGCUGAGAUGUGCUUUUGAAAUGCCUCUAGAAAAUGACAAAACUCAUGAGAGUGAAAGCUACAAAACUGUGUCUUCCUCUACCUCUGUUAAGACCGAGCACUCUGUGCUGGCCAAGUCGGCCAGCGCCUCGCUGGAUGACGGAGAGGUGAAGAAGAUCAUGGAGGAGUGCAAGCAGCUGCAGAUGGAGGUGCAGAGGCUACGGGAAGAAAACAAACAGAUCAGGGAGGACGACGGUCUGCGAAAGAGAAAGGUGCCGUCAUUGGGUGCUCCUCACUCCAACACCAUUGUGACCAUGUCGAGGGAUGAAGGCCUGAGCACUCGGGUCCUGGCUUUAUGCGUGCUCUUCUUUGUGAUCGGAGCCAUCAUUGGCAAGCUGGUCCUGUAGAGACAACCGGAGCAGUGACGGACGGACGGACGCCGUGCUCUGGAGGGCACGAACCAGUGACGUCAACGGGGAUGUCUUCUGGGUCUAUGUUAAUCUGUUUCCUUGUUUUCUUUAACAUUUAAGGCAAUACAUUAUGAAGGCAUGUUUGGAUGAAAGAAAUUCACUGAAGGUGUAAAAAGAAAACAAAGAAAGAUAGUCCCAAGUUAAAGCAUGAGGGUGAGCUUUUUCUGUCACAAGUCUGGCUUUUUUUUUCUUUCCUUUUUUUUUGUUAAAUAAUCACUUUUGAUCUAUUUUUCCGUCCUCUUCUCCUUCCUAAAUGAUCUUCCCCAGCUUGCACAGGUUACAGUAAUAGGUGUGGAAGUGGCUUCACACUGGCUGAAUGUUUAGUGUCUCAUUGAUUCUUAAGUUUUAAAGUUCCUCACUCACGUGUGUCUAACUUCACGUUUCUUCCAUUCAUCACUGAUAAUCUACCAAGAGAGCUGAACAAAACAGAUCAGUGAAAGACCUUUUUUUGAUUUUAUUUUUUAAGCAAACUUAAUGUAUUGUCUUCUAAACAGUUUGUGGUUAAAAUAUAUAAAUAUAUACAUAUGUAUACUGUACGUAUGAGCCAGUAGAAGCUGCUGGUGUGUGUCUUGUUGAUUUUGCUUUCUGCAGGAGUGCUGAUGUGACUUGAGUGUGGAUGUUUUUAUGUGAGAAGGUGAAAGUUAAAACAAAGGAAGAGGGUCGGCAUAAAACAACAACUGUCAUUUCAACAGUUUUCCUGUACACAACAGUAAAAAAAGAUAUGGGGGUUGCUUGUUGAAAAGUCAUGAUCUUAAUGAUCUCUUUUGCUGUCCAGACCAAGAAAUUUGUUUGAACUUGCUAAAAAUCCAUUUUUGGGCCACUAAUAAAAUUGUGACUUAAUAAACAAAAGUUUAUUGUAGUAAAUUUAUGCUGCUCGCUGAUCGGAAAGCUGAGGUUCGAUCACAUCAGGCGAAAUUACAAAUUCACGGCCGGUCAUGCAGACCAGUUUAUACAAUUUUAAUAAACACAGUAUGUAAUAAAAAGUCUUGGCUACCUUGUCUGUUUUUGCCCAAAGAGGGUUAAUUUUGUCUACUAAAUCACUGUUCUUUGUUUGUUCUGCAUUUUAUCACAGAAUGGUUUUUGUUGUAAUAGUCAGAUGCACUAAUUUAAUUUAUGCACUUCACAGCGUGCAUGCAAUGGCCUGGAUUUAAACCAUGUGUUCAUCAGUGCUGUUGAAGAAAAAUGGGUAGUUUUUAGCAGGGACCAUCUUGAGUCUUGAUUUAUAUGUGAUUUGUCUAGAAUCAUCCUUUUGCUUUUUGUUUGGCUCUUCUGGUUGUGAGAUGACACAGCUGUAUUAUCUUUGGUAUCGCAUGGCCAUCCCCGUAAACUUGGUUGUCUGUUAAACUAAAGUUCUGUUUUGUCUAAAGGAGCUUAGGAAGAAGAGACACUUGGAUGUGGGUGUCUGAGGACUGACCUGUACAAUUAAAAAAAAAAAGGCUUCAGAUCACUUCCUCAUCUAUAGUCACAACAGUGUAACCAUCCUCAUUGGAUACUCUUUUAUAUGUACAUAAAAAUACUCAAAUUUUCUGUAGUUAAGGAAAGAAAAAUAAUUGAGCUGCAAUCAUGGAUCAUGUAGCCUCAUAAGGAAUUAAAAUAUACAUAAACCCCCAA